UCUCAAGGGCACUGCAGUAUUAAUACAUAAAAAGUCGCCGUUCGAGGACGUUUUAAAAAUACAAAUAUUUUGAAAGGGUAAAGAUGAAGGUCCCUGAAUUAGAGGAUGUAAAAGAUGAAACUGAAAAGGAAAAAACAGGGGAAGAAGAAAAUGAAGAAGACCAGGUCUUCUUUAAGCCUAUUAUUGAAGACUUAAGCCUGGAAUUGGCCAGAAAAUGCACCAAACUCAUUAGUGAUAUCCAUUAUAAAGAAGCAUUCAAAAAAUCUAAGGGCAAGUGUACAUUUGUGACUGACACGCCUAUGCUAAAGCACGUAAAAAAUAUUGGCGCUUUUAUUUCUGAGGCAAAAUAUAAAGGCACCAUUAAGGCAGAUCUUUCCAACUCUCUCUAUAAGCGAAUGCCAGCCACAAUCGACAGUGUUUUUGCGAGAGAAGUUACACAGCUUCAGAGUGAGGUUGCCUACAAGCAGAAGCACGGUGCCUCCAGGGGAUUCUCGGAUUACGCCCACAUGAAGGAGCCGCCUGAGGUCAGACACGCCAUGGAGGUCAAUCAGCACCAGAGUAACAUUUCUUAUAGAAAAGAUGUGCAGGACGUCCACACGUACAGUGCGGAGCUCGGCAGACCGGAUAUCAAGAUGGCAACUCAGAACUCCAAGAUCAUAAGCAAUGCAGAAUACAAGAAAGGGCAAGGGAUAAUGAAUAAAGAGCCUGCUGUAAUUGGAAGACCCGAUUUUGAACAUGCUGUGGAAGCUUCUAAACUUUCUAGUCAAAUUAAAUACAAAGAAAAAUUUGAUAAUGAAAUGAAGGAUCAGAAGCAUCAUUAUAAUCCUCUUGAAAGUGCUGUUUUUAGGCAAAAUCAGCUCGCUGCCACCUUGGCCAGUGACGUGAAGUACAAGAAAGACAUUCAACAUAUGCACGAUCCAGUUUCAGAUCUCCCAAAUUUGUUGUUUUUAGAACAUGCUUUGAAAGCCAGCAAAAUGCUCAGCGGUCGAGAGUAUAAGAAGCUUUUUGAGGAAAACAAAGGAAUGUAUCAUUUUGACGCAGACGCUGUGGAACACCUUCACCACAAAGGGAACGCCACCCUGCAGAGCCAGGUUAAAUACAAAGAGGAGUAUGAAAAGAAUAAAGGGAAGUCGAUGCUUGAAUUUGUGGAGACACCAUCAUACCAAGCUUCAAAGGAGGCUCAGAAGAUGCAAAGUGAGAAAGUUUACAGAGAGGAUUUUGAGAAGGAGAUUAAAGGAAGGUCAUCACUGGAUUUAGACAAGACUCCAGAAUUUCUGCACGUAAAGUACAUCACCGGCCUUCUGAGGGAGAAAGAAUAUAAAAAGGAUUUGGAAAAUGAGAUAAAAGGGAAAGGGAUGGAACUUAAUCCAGACGUUCUUGAUUUUCAGCGAGCAAAGCGGGCAUCUGAAAUGGCCAGUGAGAAAGAAUACAAGAAAGACCUAGAGUCAGAAAUUAAAGGGAGAGGAAUGCAAGUUGGCACUGACACCCUCGAAAUACAGCGUGCCAAGAAAGCUACAGAGAUGGCGAGUGAGAAAGACUAUAAAAGGGAUCUGGAGACUGAAAUUAAGGGGAGAGGAAUGGAGGUGAACACAGACACUCUUGAUGUCCAGAGAGCUAAGAAAGCAUCCGAAAUGGCCAGCCAGAAACAAUAUAAGAAAGACUUAGAAAAUGAAAUUAAAGGGAAAGGAAUGCAGGUGAGCAUGGAUAUCCCAGACAUACUUCGAGCCAAGAGGGCAUCUGAAAUCUACAGCCAGAAAAAGUACAAAGAUGAAGCAGAGAGGAUGCUUUGUAACUAUUCCAUUGUGGCAGAUACCCCUGAAAUUCAGAGAAUUAAAACUGCUCAGCAAAACAUUAGUGGGGUAUUUUAUAAAAAAGAAGUGGGAGCUGGAUUAGCAGUAAAAGAUACUCCAGAGAUUGAACGUGUGAGGAAAAACCAGCAGAAUAUCAGUUCAGUGAAAUACAAAGAGGAGAUUAAACAGGCAACAGCCAUUUCUGAUCCUCCAGAGCUGAAGAGAGUGAAAGAAAACCAGAAAAACAUCAGCAAUCUCCAGUAUAAAGAGCAAAGCUACAAGGCCACUCCGGUAAGCAUGACCCCAGAGAUAGAGAGAGUGAGGAGGAACCAGGAGCAGCUGAGUGCUGUAAAAUACAAAGGAGAGAUGAAACAGGCAACUGCCAUUUCCGAUCCGCCAGAGCUGAAGAGAGUGAAGGAGAACCAGAAGCACGUCAGCAAUGUUCAUUAUAAAGGCCAACCAGGAAGAGCUACUGCCUUAAGCGUAACUCCUGAAAUGGAGAGAGUAAAGAAGAAUCAGGAAAAUAUUAGCUCGGUAAAAUAUACCCAGAGCCAUAAACAGAUGAAAGGUAGACCGAGUCUGAUUUUAGAUACACCUGCCCUGAGAUGCGUUAAAGAAGCACAAAAUCAUAUUUCCAUGGUAAAAUACCACGAAGAUUUUGAAAAGACAAAGGGGAGGGGCUUCACCCCUGUGGUGGACGAUCCUGUGACAGAGCGAGUGAGAAAGAACACACAGGUCGUCAGCGACGCCGCCUACAAAGGUGUCCAUCCCCACAUCGUGGAGAUGGACCGGAGACCUGGCAUCAUUGUUGACCUCAAAGUUUGGCGCACAGAUCCUGGCUCCAUCUUCGACUUUGACCCCUUGGAAGACAAUAUUCAGUCUAGAAGUCUGCGUAUGCUUUCCGAAAAGGCGAGUCACUGUUGGAGACACCGGUCUCGCUCUCACUCCAGCAGCACUUUUGGGCCAGGUCUGGGAGAUGACAAGUCAGAGAUCUCUGAGAUUUACCCCAGUUUUUCAGGCUGCAGUGAGGUAACCAGGCUGUCCGAUGAAGGAGCACCCGUGCUUCCUGGAGCCUAUCAGCAAAGCCACCCACAAGGCUACGGGUACAUGCACCAGACCAGUGUGUCCUCCACGCGGUCAAUGCAGCAUUCACCAAGUCUAAGGACCUACCGAGCCAUGUACGAUUACAGUGCUCAGGAUGAAGAUGAGGUCUCGUUCCGAGAUGGCGACUACAUUGUCAACGUGCAGCCCAUCGACGACGGCUGGAUGUACGGCACGGUGCAGAGAACUGGGAGGACGGGGAUGCUCCCAGCCAAUUACAUUGAGUUUGUUAAUUAAGCACUUCUCCUUGCCCUUUGAGCUUUAUUCUAAUGUAUUCUACACUGAAUCUUUUUAAAAGAUAGAAAAUACUUUUAAGACAACUUGGCAGUUAUUUUACAAUAAUGUAUCCUUACUUUGACAAUUAGACACACAGGUGUACCAGGGAGAAGGAAUGACUUCUGGGCUGAAAACAGCAGCAUUUUCAGUAAUUCCUGUAAACAAAAGUCAUUAACGUCUGGAGACCUGGUGCUGCUAAUUGUGUUCGUGGUUUCCUUUGAUUGGCGAUUGAACCCUUCUGGGAAAAUGUAUUUUUGUAGACUUUAAUAGAGACGUUGAUUGUCCUUUAAAUGUGAUGAGUAUAUGAAAUUUCCUAUUUGUCAACUUUGGAAUCACCAGAAACCUACUCUCUUAACUCAGUAACACAGCCAAUGAUUUAAAACCUGUUUAGUCUUUUGAGUCAUUAGAAAAUGUCCAAUUCAAGUGAAAAUUGCCCAACGUAAUAAACAUAAACAGUGGCAGAAUGACAGUCUGGUUAACAUUAUACUGACCGGUGGCCUUAGGGAUGUAGAAACUUCUGCCAAACAGAGAAAACUUUCUUGUUCCUCAGGCCAGUUGGGGUCUAUUUAUUUCCCAUUUGUCCCAAGGCCUCUCCUACUCUCCAUUUAUUUACAUUCUAUGAGUCCAAGUAGAUGCUCAUUUCCAUAGAAUGCCAGGACCGAACAUCUUCACUGCUCCUCUGCAGAAGGCAAAUGUUAAUGUCAUCUCUAUAAUUUCCCCAAUAGCCUUUGCCCUAUUGCAUGUCAUGUAUUUUUAGGCUUCUGUAUCAUAGGCAGCUGCACUGCCCACUCCUGUUAUUAAAGCAAAAAAGGGUGACAUCCCUAAAAGCCCUUUCCUCUAGCGGCCAGCUCCUCAGAAACAUCUGUUUUGAAAAUCUGCUUGAGGUUUUCCUGCUGCAUUGCACUCUAGUUCUGAAGGAUUUACACCUUAGGAUAUACACAUAUACUCUAGCCAAUAAGUGAUUUAGGUGUUUACUGAACAGCUUUCGUUAACGUAAUGCCACCAUUGAUUUCAACGUAAAGAAAAUUUACAGGAGCCAGUGAAAGAGUGGACUAUGGGGCGUAAUAAGGGGGAAACCCAGUUUCAACAAAGGAAAGCUACCGACUCCACAUGGGGAUGGUCUGGUGUCUUCUGUUGGCAGAUGGUGUUCAGAUUCUGGAAUGGAAAUCUACCACUGACCCUGGUUAAUCGAAAAGACUUCCCUUCCACUCUCUGACUUUAUUUUUCUAAAUCACCUCUAGGCAGCAAGAUACGAAGGUAUGAGAGAUUUUUAGUACUGGACCAACAGGCUGUUCACUACGAAACCAUCAUGUUUUGAUUUUUCAAAGGAGUGACUUGGCAGGCUUAGGCUAG